CAAACAUUCGGUCAAUGGUCACUAUCAUUGGAAAUAUGAAAAAAAAAUACAAUAUUAUCUCAGCCGCUAAUAGUUUAGAUUUGCCAAUCCGACGGCUAAGGAUCUGCGAACUCCUCAAAGCUCAUGAUCCCUACCGCCCGGCCCAGCUACUCUCUUCACCGGAAAUCAUUGCGAUCUGAAAGGAAAAAACACUCAUAAAAAAGACGACGAGAGGUUUUUGAUAAAUGACAACUUUGAAAGAAGAAGAUAAUCCAGAGUCAUUACUCUCAGUCAGACUCCUAAUGGAUGAAACAACAGAGCAGCGCCCAUCUGCUUCGUUUUCAUACUCAAACUGGCUUUCAAACGUCAAGAAAUCGACACAAGAAGCUUACGAAUCAAAGCCCCUCUCGCACUGGAUCCUCCUGGCUCUCAGCGGUGCGUCGAUGCUCACAGCCUUCCCUGCUUCUAGUCUACUCUCACGUCUUUACUUCUCAAACGGUGGCCAGAGCAAAUGGAUCAUCUCUUGGGUCGCCGUCGCUGGAUGGCCAAUCACUUGUAUCAUUUUACUUCCUCUAUACAUCUUUAAAAAGAUCAAACCGACGCCUCUCACCACAAACCUCGUUCUCUCUUAAAUAGUGCUCGGUUUCUUGAGUGCUGCGGAUAACCUUAUGUACGCUUACGCCUACGCCUACCUCCCUGCAUCCACCUCCUCUCUUCUGGCCUCUUCUUCUCUCGCCUUCUCUGCUUUUUUCGGCUACCUCAUCGUCAAGAACCCCAUGAACGCUUCCGUUGUUAACUCCAUUGUGAUAAUAACAGGCGCUAUGGCUAUAAUAGCGCUUGAUUCUAGCUCCGACCGGUACGAUUACGUCAGCAACCGCCAGUACUUUGCAGGUUUCUUUUGGGACGUGAUGGGUUCCGCGCUUCACGGGCUCAUUUUCGCCUUAUCUGAGCUCGUGUUCGUGAAGCUGCUGGGGAGGAGGUUCUUCCACGUGGCCUUGGAGCAGCAGGUGAUGGUUUCGUUGGCGGCGUUCGCGUUUACGACUCUCGGGAUGGUUGCGAGCGGAGAUCUACGAGGGAUGGCUCGAGAAGCCGAGAGUUUCCAAGGCGGGGAGUCUCGGUACGUUCGGGUUCUUGUCUGGAGCGCGGUCACGUUUCAGCUGGGUGUUCUCGGGGCCACCGCUGUGUUGUUUCUUGCGUCCACGGUCAUGGCGGGAGUGCUUAACGCUGUGAGGGUGCCCAUCACUAGUGUAGCGGCUGUGAUACUGUUGCGUGAUCCGAUGAGUGGGUUUAAGAUUCUGUCUUUGGUCUUGACGUUUUGGGGUUUCAGCUCUUACAUCUACGGGAGCACGAGCCCAACCCCAAGUACUCAACAAGCUUCCUCUUCGUCCUAGUUUGCAGCCUAUUCCUCUGUUUCUAUUCCUAAGAGUGUGAUCUGAUGAUUCAUGUAAUAUAUAUGAUUAUAUUGCGGCUACUAAAGUUGUAUGCUGAUGGAUCUGAUGAUCUCUUCGUGGAACAAGUUCUAUGAGAAGCAAACAAACCCAUA